AUGGCUACACGUUCGGAUAGUCAACCUCCCCCUGGCGCCGCGGCAUCCGAUCUUGAUCCCGCGUCUCCCAAUACAGAUGCCAGACCAUUGUCUUAUAUUUCCUCACACAUGACAGAUAUCCAGUCCGAAGAUGGCGAACUGCGAUCACAAAGCCCUCCCAUACGCUCCCAUAGAUCUCCUUCUCGGCCUUUUGCCAGACACUCCAUGUCAACCGCGUCAACUCAAGGCGCCAUCCCGGCAGGGAACCGAAUGAGCAGGACACAUGUUCCAUCCAUUACCUCCCAUGCUUUCUUUAGACCAAUGAGCUCUCAAAGGUUGCAGAUGCAGCGAAGCGUGCGCCCUCCAACGGCCACGACACAUGGAGUCAGUAGCGAAGACGGACAGAGCGACAUUGGGAGUCAAGCACGACGGAGUUUGAUAUCGAAUCCAAAUACGCUUGCUGGAUUUGGCGGGAUAGACUACGAGCCUCCACCACCUUCAAGAGGGACAGAAUUCACAGACCCAAUUUUUUUUGACAGGGGAACUUCAACCGCUAGCCCGACCGGCAAUACAACCGUUCGAAGCGGUGGAGAUAGUGUUCGGUUACUGCAUGAGCGGUCGCGGCGGUCAGUUCCAUCCAACUUGAAUUUGGGCGCAACACGCAACGAAGUAGGCCUGCAGGAUCCUCCUCAGAGAUCACCUCUCUCGUUCCGAUCCGGCUUUCUUAAAUCAAACAAGAACGAACAUCCUGAGCGUCAAGACACAAGUGAUCAUGAAAGAUUGUCGUCAGCAACAUCAUCACCCGCUUCAACUGGUUUGAAACCGGUCAGACCUAUCCCACACAAGACAAGUAAGGAUCUUGGAAAAAAUUAUGAAUAUUUCACGGGCAAUACUAUAUUUUUCUGGGGUGGGCGUCUGCAAAAUUCCCGUGAUAGACCAGUCAAUAUAGCAACAGCAAUAUUCGUGGUUCUACCCGGUGCCUUAUUCUUUGCUUAUUCUGCGCCAUGGCUAUGGCAUCACGUAUCUCCAGCCAUCCCUAUUCUAUUCUCUUAUGUUUUUUUCCUUACCGUGUCGUCAUUCUUACAUGCCUCAUUGGUUGAUCCUGGAAUAUACCCACGAAAUUUACACGUUAAUCCCCCUGCCAACCCUUCUGAAGACCCAUUAACACUUGGACCACCAAACAGCGAUUGGGUCAUGGUCAAACUUGCGACAUCCGAAAUGGCCGCGAUGGAUGUUCCUGUCAAAUACUGCCGCACUUGCAGCUUAUGGCGGCCUCCUCGAUGCUACCACUGCCGCACCUGUGACAACUGCAUUGAAACGCUAGAUCACCACUGUGUUUGGUUGAACAAUUGUGUGGGUCGCCGUAAUUAUCGUUUUUUCUUUUCAUUCGUCAGCACAGCCACCAUCUGUGCGCUUUUUCUUCUCGGUGCGAGCUUAACCCAUAUUCUCAUAUAUCAGAGCCGAGAAGCAAUUAGCUUUGGACAAUCAAUCGACAAAUGGAGGGUGCCAUUUGCUAUGGUAAUAUAUGGAGCGAUAGCUGCCCCAUAUCCAGCUGCUCUGUGUGGUUACCACCUCUUUUUGAUAGGCAGGGGUGAGACGACCAGAGAAUAUCUGAAUUCUCAUAAAUUUGUCAAGGCAGACCGGCACCGCCCUUUUACCCAGGGAAAUAUCUGGAGAAAUUGGAUUUCUGUUUUCGGGAGGCCUCGACCCCCAAGUUACGUCGAGUUCAAGAAACCAUAUACAGAAGGAGACCAGCGGUUUCCUGCGUCGAAAGUGAAACGCCGUGUCCGUGAUGUGGAGGCACAACCAGCAGAGCUUGAAAUGCGUGACGUAAAAAGAGCACAUCCCACAUUCCAAGGCCCAAGCGGCAGAGGACCUCUUAAUGCACCGCCAGCCGCCUGA